AUGAGCAGGGACAACGUGAACAAGGUUUUCUACGCUGAGUCAUACCAUCCGAUUCAGGCGGGGAGCAUCGACGGGACCGAUGUCCUCCCCCAUGACAACGCCAUCUACAGGGCCCUCUUGUGCUCAUCUGCGGGUUUAUGUAUGUGUUCACCAGCGGCAGCCCAGAAGAAGGUUUCCUAUUUCUUCUGAGAAAUUCAAUUGAUUCCUUGCAUUCCUGUUCUUCUUCCAGACGACCCAUUUGGCGACUCGAAGGUUAUCGGCGAUCCCUACCGCACUCUCUUCGUUGGUCACCUCUCGCAUUUUACCACUGAAGAUACCCUGAGAAAGGUUAAACUAACCCCUCUCUCUCUCUCUCUCUCUCUCUCUCUCUCUCUCUCUCUCCCCGUUUGAGGGUUCUGAGCAGUGGCCGCUUACAUUGGUCGAGUUCUUCUUGCCAGGCGAUGAAAAGGUAUGGAAGAGUGAAGAACCUGCGACUGGUCAGGCACAUAGGUAUGCCUUCUGAAUGACUGAUUUACAUAAUUCCACAGUUCCUUGGUUAUCUUAGAUGCUACUAAAUAUUUCGCAUAAAGCUAAUGUGAGUAUCUAAGCUGAACCUGUAAAGAACCUUAUUGGACAGUACCAGAUAUCUGUAACUGAUACAAAAUCAUACAUUCUCAAAGUAUGUUCUUAGCCAUCAAAAGUUGCAAAGCAUGUCAAUGGAAAAAUAUUGGCCGGUAAUGUACCUUCUAUAUUUGACCUCAAUAGCCCAACCUCAUUAGUUCUAAAAACUUGUAUUGACACAAAUGGAUUCAAGAACUGGGGUUACGAUGCUUUCAACCAGUCCUAGUUCAUAAACUAUGGUACCAUCGUACUUUCAUGAACUCGGUCAAAUCUUAGGUACUAUCACCUUCUUUUUUUUGGUUAUUUAGUUCAUCCCUCAAGAUAGUUUGACCGAGUUCUUUAUAUAGAUGGUCUCCAUCACAGUAGACACUAUAUUUCCCUUAAUUUAUCGUUCACUGCUGUCUGACGUGAGCUGAAGAACUGAGCUUCUCUAGAUUAAGCUUCAACCAUAAUGAAUUAUAUUCCCACAGAUAAAGAUAUAACCUUGUCAGGGCCUCAAGCAAACUCUGUUUUCGCAUAUGAUAUCUAUAUAUUCUUCUUCUCAAAAACUUAUUUGGAGACUGAGAGAUCAAAAUAUUGGGUGUGAAGGUUGAAUGUGUUUCCUUAGAAAAUAACGAAAUGAAGAAAAAAGAAUAAUUAAAUCCAUCAUAUUUGUGAGUAGACAAAAGGGUCUGUAUUUUGCUGAAGAACAGACCAAGUUUUUAAGAUGCUAGACUGUUAUCAUUGAUUGAUCCGAAUUUGGGUGUCUUUUGGAAGAUCCAAGUCCGAAACAUCCGCAUUUUUUGUUUGGGUUAUAUAUAUAUAGGGUUUUGUGUUGAUUUUUACUUUGCCCUCGAUCAGCUAGUAAAAUUCCUUUUUCUUAUGGGAAAAACUAAUAUCAGGGUCCCUCAUUAGUAUUAUUAUAGGCGUUCGAUUCAUCAAAAUCAACCUGGUUGAGAGUUUGAGGGUAAGUUAAGAGUGAAAUGAUAAAAAAAUUCCUUUUUAUAAUGCAUCAUAGUUUCUGCUACUUGGCUACUCUUCUGAGGCAUCAACUUCGUUGAGUGGAUCGAUAUCCGUUCCAUAGAUAGGCUGUUGCUUACCACAUCCUUGGCAUAUUAGUUAUAGUUUUAUCAGCAAGAUUGUACUAGAAAGAUCAUCAAAGCAAAACAGUUAGAAACUCACCUUCUGGGCUGUAAGUCAACCCAAAUCCAUGCAACAACAACUCUACAAUGGCCUGCAUCCCCUCCCAUCUGUGGAUCGUAUGCUAUCUUUCUCCAAACGUUGUGGCAUGCAUCUGAGAUGGUCCUGGCUUCUUCCUGCAGUCACUGGUGCCUCCCGAGGUUAUGCCUUUAUCGAGUUUGAAACAGACCAAGAGAUGCGCCGCGCCUACAAGGUAUUCAUAUCCUUUCAUGGUUUUCUUUUUUCCCUUUGAAUCCAUAGCAUCUCCAUCCAUCUGCUUGGUUCAUUUCAAUGGCUCUGGUAAUGAGUUCGUUUCAUCUUGGAACGCCAUGCAGGAAGCCCACCACUCCUUCGUCGAUGACAGCGAGAUCAUCGUAGAUUAUAGCCGCCAGCAGCUGAUGCCCGGAUGGAUCCCCAGGAGAUUAGGUCUUCUGAUCUGCUGAUUAAUUCAUCUGGGUUGAAUUAAAUCAUAGUAAAUUAGUUUUCUUUGUCCACAGGAGGGGGAUUAGGAGGGAAAAAAGAGUCUGGGCAGCUUCGGUUUGGGGGACGAGAGAGGCCUUUCCGUGCCCCUUUGUAUGGUUCCUCUUCCUCUGUCUCCGAUUCAUUGCUUCAGUCUGCUUCAAGUGUUCUUCCUUGGCGAAAAGUUUCUAUAUUUUGAUGUCUUCUGUCAAUCAGGCGACCCAUUCCUUUUGAUGACCUGAAACGACUGGGCAUCCCGCUUCCCCCGGAGGGCAGAUACCUCUCACGCUACGAGGUAACGUAAUCUCUCUGUCUGUCUGUCUCUCUCUCUCUCUCUCUCUCUCUCCCUCUCAUUGCUCGUCUCAGGUACCUUCGCCCCCGAGACGCAGCGCUAUCGACGGAGAGGACAUCCAUCCUAGAGAGAGAAUGCGAGGGGAGAGGGAUGACUCGCCUCCAGCGCGCAGGAAGGCCCCUGCAGAGAGAGAAGAAACGUCGAAGAGGGGAAGACGGGAAGAGAGAGAAAGGUCCCCCACAAGGCGGGCUGGCUCGCACCGCAGAGAGUCUGACUCCUACGAGCCUCGGCGACACCAUCACAGGAGGCACUCCAGCAGCAGAGACUACAGCUCCAGAGACCUACCGAGGGAUUAA